AUGGUGUCACGAGUAACCCGAUAUGCUCUAGGCCUCGCUGCCACGAGCUCCCUUGUGGCUGCUGGACCUUGUGACAUCUACGCGUCCGGCGGCACGUCCUGCAUCGCCGCGCAUAGCACCACUCGUGCCAUGUACAGCGCCUUCAGCGGUGCACUCUAUCAAGUAAAACGGAACUCCGACAGUACCACGACCACAAUCAAGCCGCUCUCCGCUGGUGGUGUGGCCAAUGCCGCAGCCCAAGACACUUUCUGCGCGAACACGACCUGUGUAAUUACAACAAUUUACGAUCAGUCCGGCAAUGGCAAUCAUCUUACCCAGGCUCCACCAGGUGGCUUUGACGGCCCUGAAUCAAAUGGCUACGACAACCUGGCCAGCGCAAUUGGAGCUCCAGUCACACUCAGCGGCCAGAAGGCGUAUGGAGUCUUCGUCUCACCUGGCACUGGCUACCGUAUUGACGUUGCUAAUGGCAUCGCUACGGGUGACGAGCCUGAGGGCAUGUAUGCAGUCCUCGAUGGAACUCACUACAAUGGUGCCUGUUGCUUCGAUUACGGCAAUGCCGAGACCAGCAACACCGAUACGGGCAACGGCCACAUGGAGGCCAUCUACUACGGUGACAGUACCACCUGGGGCACUGGUGCUGGCGCGGGCCCUUGGAUCAUGGCCGAUCUCGAAAACGGCUUGUUCUCUGGCGUCAGCUCUGGUCAAAACACCGGCGACCCGACCAUUUCCUACCGGUUCGUCACUACGGCUGUCAAGGGCGAGCCAGAUGAGUGGGCCAUCCGCGGGGGCAACGCAGCGUCUGGCGCAUUGUCAACGUACUAUAGUGGCGUGCGCCCAACUGCGUCUGGCUACAACCCAAUGAGCAAAGAAGGCUCCAUAGUUCUUGGUAUCGGCGGCGACAACAGUAACGGCGCCCAGGGCACGUUCUACGAAGGCGCGAUGACCUACGGCUAUCCCUCUGCCGCCACUGAGAACUCGGUGCAGGCUAAUAUCGUAGCCGCUAAAUACGCCACUACCUCGCUGGUCAGUGGCACGGCGCUCACUGUCGGUUCCUCUAUCUCUCUGCAAGCCACCACAAGUGGAUAUACGACACGUUAUAUCGCACACACUGGCACUACUAUCAACACCCAAGUCGUCACCUCUUCCAGUAGCAGCACUCUCAAGGAGCAAGCUAGUUGGACGGUUCGCACCGGACUUGGGAACAGCGGGUGUUACUCUUUCGAGUCCGUCGACACUCCGGGAAGCUACAUUCGCCACUACAACUUCGCGCUACUGCUCGCGGCCGACGACAGCACAAAACAAUUCUACGAAGAUGCCACUUUCUGCCCAAUGGCUGGCCUUAACGCCGGAGGGAGCAGUAUUCGAUCCUGGAGCUAUCCCACCCGCUUCUUCCGCCACUAUGAAAACGUCCUCUACAUUGCGAGCGAGGGCGGUGUUGAUACAUUUGAUGCUACCGCCUCAUACAACGCCGACGUCACCUGGGUGAUCAGCAGCGGUUUCGCUUCUUAG